ACGUCUACGUGCCUGGAGCACUUGAAUGCGGCAUCUAGAUUUUAUACCUAUAUUUGUGACGGCCUUGUAAGACAGACGCUCACGACAAGAGAAGUCGUUGCCACGGCAACCUGGGGAUGAUGCAAACGGAGGCUGGACGAUGACGGACUUUGCCUGGAUUCAUGACGGGAGGAAUUAAGCCCUCAUACCUGCAUUGUUCUACGUGGAGAAGGUGGCAUUGUGUUUGCUUUCAUCAGCUAUAUAUUCAGCCAUCCUUAAGGCACCACCAUGAGCUGAUGGUGGGGGGGUGAAGCUGCAGGCAUUACUGAAUUACAGAAUACACAGAGCGAGAGACACAGAGUAACAGAGGGAGAGGGAGAGAGAAGCCAUCAGAUAAACAGCAUCAGACUCAGCCAGACGUGAAGAGAGAAGAGGAGAGUGCGAUCUCACAGACAGCGAAGAAAGAAGGAUUGAUUUGAAUGGCAUCACCUACACAGCAGUGAAAUAACCUGGUGCUGCAUUAAAGAAGAAUCGAAAGAGAAAAAGAGGAGUGUGUUUUUAAUCCUCUUGGCAUGCUAGUUGUAUCACUGCCUGUUCCAGUCUGGUGGUCACCCGGUGUGUGAGUGUUUGCUGCAGAGUUUGUUGGUGGUGUUGGGACAUUUCGAUCUGGAAUGUAUCUGAGUUAACCUUAGGGGCUUUCCGGAAGACACCAUGCUGGGCAAGGAUUACAUGCUCGCCAUCAUCAUCGUCAACUAUGACGAUAACAUUUGGAAUGAUCAGACUCUGGAGCAAGACUCAGAUCUGCCCCCGGGAUGGCGCACUAUACGGGACAGCACUGGCACCUAUUAUUGGCACGUGCCCACGGGCACCACGCAGUGGCAACAUCCCUCCUACAGCGCAGAGGAGGAACAAAAGACCAUUAACAGCCUCACAGCUAGCCAGUUCAAGAGCGCUGCAGACGGCAGACUGGAAUCGAGAGGCAGGCUCACUGAAAACCGGCUGGCGUCUCUAAGUGAAAGGCCAUCCUGGCAGGAAGAGUCUUUCUGUGCUAACAUGGAUCCCGGCUCCAAGUGUUUUGCUGUGCGUUCUCUGGGCUGGGUGGAGAUCCCUGAGGAGGAACUAACCCCUGGCAAGAGCAGUCUAGCUGUGAACAAUUGCAUCCAGCAGCUCUCUCACAGUAAGGCGGAGGGCCGGGACGCAGUUGGCGCCUGGGGAGAGGGGCAAGAUAUGAUGAUGGUGCUCAAGAAGGACACACUCAGUCUAAUGGACCCUGUGGACCGCAGUCUCAUCCAUUGCCAGCCCAUAAUAAACAUCCGUGUUUGGGGGGUCGGCUGCAACAACGGAAGGGACUUUGCCUUUGUGGCCACCGAUAAAGACACCUGCAUGCUUAAGUGUCAUGUGUUUCGCUGCAAUGCUCCAGCCAAGACCAUCGCAUCCGCCCUGCAUGAAAUGUGCUCCAAGAUUAUGGCUGAGAAAUCAGCGCUGCAGCCGUCUAUGGCCCGUUCUCUCACCAUGGAGAGCAUCUCCCCGGAGGACUUUCCCCACCAAGUGGACUUUCUGGAAGCAGUGAGACAGAGUGUACAGAAGUUUGAAGUGGAGUAUAUUGGAAAUCUGCCUGUCUCCAGAGCAAUGGGAAUGGAAGUGUUGAACAGAGCUAUUGAGAGUAUCAUGCACUCCAGAGACAGAGAUGAGUGGGAGCCAAUCGUCAUCCAUGUGUCUGAUACUGUAAUGUCUUUAUGGAGGGGAGAGGAUGGGGAUGACCCAUUUUGGGAAUGCCAGGUACGUUACUUGACUUUCCUGGGCGUGGGUCAUGACACGCGCACUUUUGCGGUCAUAGUGGAUGCUGGAACCCAGCGCUUUGAGUGCCAUGUGUUCUGGUGUGAGCCUGACGCUGGGAUCAUCUCAGAAGCACUUCAGGCUGCAUGUAUGGUCCAAUACCAGAAGUGUUUGGUUGCACAGACUCCUCCGGUGAGGUCUAAAAUGUGGCGUGCAGGUUCCAAAGUCAAACGAGCCAACUCCAUGGACGGCUCGAGCUUCACGCCCCGGCACCAAGGACACACAUCGUCCAAAAUGGCCUCUCCCAGCGUGAAGAAGGGAAUGCUGGCGUUUUUUGAGACAUUCCGCAAUAAACAUUCUGUGGUACCCGCACCCUAGCGACAAAGGCCGGGAGGUGGGCGGGGUCAGAUGGGUUUUGAAAAGGAUAAAAUUGGAUAAAAAACAACUCUCAAGCAUUAUUUUCAAAUUCGAGUUUAGGACGAAGAUAGGCGACCUACUUAAUUGGCCUUAAUAACAGCGUUUUUGAGAUUUGACAUUUUCUAAAUGUUGGUGUGCAGAACAGCGUUGAAAUGAGAACAUUGAGGUGCUGUGCUCUCACAUUCCAAACACUUACAGAGGAGCUUUGCGUUCUACAGUUGACCUGAUAAUUUGAUCCGUUUUGAGAGGAACAAUAGAGCAAAUCUCAUAAGUAAGAAGCCCUAGAAAACCUGUUGAAUCCGAAAAAACACAUCACAACGUCAACAAAAAAAAAAUCCCAAGCAGCAUGUUGUGCAAUAAAAAGUCGGUUGCAGUAAAAUUACAAUGUAUCAUUUAUUUUAGAACUAGUAUCGAUGUACAAAACUAUGAAUUCUUGAAACCUAUAUGUGAAGGGUAGGGAUUUUGGUUUACAAUUCAGGUCACAAUUAUGUGCGAAAAGGUGACAUGCAAAUACAUUUAGCUAGAAGUGUCAAUAACAGUAAACCAUGUGUGAUGUUUGCUGUUCUAAUCCAAUGUUGCACAUAAACUGUAGAAGGUUUAUUCUUUAUCUUCGAUUUUAGCAAAGAGAGCAAUGUUCACACACAACAAAGAGACCUCAAAUAACACAGUCCUCUCCGUUAAAAGUCUUGCUUUCACAUCUGUGGAAAAUCAACCUGCUUGUGUCGCUCAAGUUGUGAUCCUAUCGUGUGUUUAGAAAUGCAGAUGAAAGAUAUUCGAGUAGAGACAGACAUUGCUUGUUAUACAGUAAUCCUGGUUUGUGGAUUUCUCAAUUUAGUGCCACCGUUGCAUGAUUUUGCACAUGCUUGAAAAAACAAAGCUUUGCUUGGGUACUCGAGAACACAAGUAGAGGGAUUUGGAGCUUUAAAACCUAGCCAAGUAUGUACUUUAAUAUUUCAAACAAUAAGAGUUCACAAUGAGAACAUGUGAUUCGCUUCUAAACAUGGUACAGAUCUGAUGGUGAUAAAGAAUCCACAGAACCUUAACCCCUUUUAACUUGCGUUCAGCUGAAUGUAUUUGAGAACACCUGAUCUCAUCGCAUGUUGAUCUGAGAUGCCAGCGGGCACUUACCACCCACGCGAAUGCCACCGAAGGAAGUCGUGUGAUGCUAUAUCUAAUAUAUGCAACCGCUCCUUCCCUUAAUAAAAAAAACAUGCAUCAUAUCACAAAUGAACUCAGGUCUCCUUAAUGCUAAAACAAUAGGGGGAAAUGCUUAGAAACAGACAGCUCUUCAGCAUGUAAGAUCAUAGCGAGAAGCUUCGUGAAGAGAGACAGAGAUAGUCGUGGGUAAUGGUCAUGUAGCACCUUGUGUUUCUUAUGUUUUUCCUAUUUAUAAUCUCUGUAAAGAAAUACCUUUCUCUAUAUUUGCAGUAUUUCGGCACAAAACUAGGAUGUCAUGGUUUUGUAUUAUUCGUUGUGUUUGUUAUUAAUAAUAUUAAUGGUUGUUGUUAAUAUUCAACUGAGAUGCCAACCUGAAUCCACCAUUGAGUGGUGUGUGUUGGGACAUUAAACUACUGCUUGAAUCUCUC